CACCAUAGGGAGGGGCCAUGCCGAUUUAAAUGCUUGUGGCGCGGGGCUCCUGGCGUGGAGGGAGCGGAGAGACAGAGGACGCCGCGUCAGCCUUGUCAAGACAGGACAUAAGCAGACCUUAAGCAAGUUCUGUGCCACCAGCUGUCCACGAUGAACGGCCAGGCUCCUCCUCAUGAUGUCGUAGUUGCCAAUGGGACUGAGAAGUUCAUUGUCCCUAAAAUCAAGAAGAACCAAUUGGGAGCCAGCACUCCUUCAAGGCCCCAAGCAGAAGCUGCCCUACCUACCACAGCCAGAAGUAUUGCUGGGGUAUAUGUGGAGGCCUCGGGGCAGACCCAGAGCAUCUAUGCUGCUAUGAAGCAAGGCCUCCUGCCCACUGGGCUUGGACUGACUUUGCUUGAGGCCCAGGCAGCCACUGGGGGCCUCGUGGACCUUGCCCAGGGCCAGCUUCUUCCUGUGUCUGAGGCCUUAAGGCGGGGUCUGGUGGGAUUGGAGCUUAAGGAGAAAUUACUGGCUGCUGAACGUGCAGUUACUGGCUAUCCCGACCCCUAUGGGGGUGAAAAGCUGUCCCUCUUCCAGGCCAUCAAGAAAGAAGUUGUAGACAGGACCCUGGGGUGGAGAUUGCUAGAGGCCCAGUUAGCUACUGGGGGCCUGGUGGACCCAACCCAGGGUGUGCAAGUAGCCCCAGAGCUAGCCUGCCAGCAGGGCCUUUUGGAUAAGGAGACAUGGCUCAGCCUGGUGGAGUCAGAGCCCAGUAUGGGUACCCCUGGUUUUUCUGACCCCAACACGCUGGAGCAGCUGCCAUACUCUGUGAUUUUGGGUAGGUGUGUGCAAGACUCCAGCUCAGGGCUGCCCCUAUUGCCCUUAAAGACCACCUUCCACACCCUGGCUGGAGCAGCCAGUGCGUCAAUGCUGCUGGAGGCAGGAGUACUAAAUGAGGAGAUGGUCCGAGGCCUGCAGGAGGGCAUGCUGGUGGUGUCAGAUGUGGGCACACGUCCCGAGGUGCGACGUUAUCUGGAAGGCACUGGAGGGUUAGCGGGGGUUGUCCUGUUGCCUGGAGGUCACAAGAAGAGCUUUUUCCAGGCUACGGUUGAACACUUGCUCUCAAAGGGUAUUGCACUACAACUCUUAGAGGCUCAGGCUGCCACCCGCACCCUUGUGCACCCAACCACAGGCCAGCGUCUUUGGGUGGAAGAGGCAGUCAAGGCUGGCCUGGUUGGCCCAGAACUUCAUGAGCAGCUCCUGGUUGCAGAACAGGCAGUGACUGGGUAUUAUGACCCCUUUAGCAGCUCCCGAAUCCCCGUUUUCCAGGCUAUGAAGAAGGGACUUGUGGACCAGCCACUGGCUCUGCGUCUCCUAGAUGCCCAGCUAGCCACAGGUGGGCUUAUAUGCCCAACCCGCAGAUUCCGGCUGCCUCUGGAGGCUGCCCUGCGCUUUGGCUGUCUGGAUGAAGAGACUCGGCAGCGUCUCUCUCAGGCAAUGGGUUUUUCAGAUCCUACCACACACGAUCGUCUUGGAUAUGAACAGCUGCUGGCCCUCUCUGUUACUGACCCAGAGACAGGGCUUGCCUUCCUGCCUCUCCCUGGAAUGUCUCAUGCAAAUGAGCCCCAGGGACCCACAUUUAUUGAUCACUGUACUCGACAGGCAUUGAGCAAGGCUACAACCUCCAUCUCUGUAGGGAGGUACCAGGGCCGGCCUGUCUCCCUCUGGGAACUGCUCUUUUCUGAGGCAGUGCCCGUUAAGAAGAGGGCAAUGCUUGCCCAGCGGCACCAGGAAGGGGCUCUGUCCGUGGAGGAGCUGGCAGCUGAGCUGAAGAACAUUGUUGAGCAGGCUGCCGCAACUGCCAAAGUCACCUUUGCUGGGUUGAGGGACACCGUGACACCAGGAGAGUUGUUGAAAGCUGAGAUAAUCAAUCAGGACCUGUUUGAGCAGUUGGAACGUGGACAGACCUCAGCCCAAGAUGUGGGCAGCCUAGACUCUGUGCAGAGGUACCUGCAGGGCACAGGUAGUAUUGCAGGCCUUUUGCUUCCUGACUCCCAGGAACGGCUCAGUAUCUAUGAGGCCCGUAGCAAGGGGCUCCUCAGGCCUGGUACUGCCCUGAUCUUGCUUGAGGCCCAGGCUGCCACAGGCUUUAUCAUUGACCCAAAAGAGAACAAGAGAUACUCUGUGGAGGAGGCACUGAGGGCUGGUGUCAUUGGGCCCGAUGUAUAUGCCAAGUUGCUCUCUGCAGAACAUGCCGUGACUGGCUACACGGACCCCUACUCUGGGGAGCAGAUCUCCCUCUUCCAGGCCAUGCAGAGAGACCUCAUUGUGAGAGACCACGGCAUUCGCCUGCUGGAGGCCCAGAUUGCCACGGGUGGUGUCAUUGACCCCGUGCACAGCCACCGUGUGCCCGUGGACGUGGCCUACCAACGUGGCUACUUUGAUCAGAUUCUGAACUCUAUCCUGCUGGACCCAUCUGAUGACACCAAGGGCUUCUUUGACCCCAACACGCAUGAAAAUCUCACCUACCUGCAGCUCCUGGAGCGCUGUGUACAUGACUCCGAGACAGGCCUGCACCUCCUGCCCCUCAGUAGUACACGACCCCAGCUGGUGGAUAGCUCCACUCGGCAGGCCUUCCAGAAGCUACUGCUCUCCGUGAAAUAUGGACGGUUCCGGGGGCAGAGAGUUUCUGCGUGGGAGCUGGUUAACUCUGAAUAUUUCACAGAGGACCGGAGGAGGCAGCUCCUGCAACGUUAUCGGCAGCGCAAGAUCACACUGGAGCAGGUCACUCAGCUGCUGGAGAAAGAGAUGAGGAGGUGGGCAGACAUCACACUGCCUGCCCUACAGGGCCAGGUCACUGCCUACCAGCUCCUAGAGGCCCACAUCAUCAACCAAGAGCUCCUGGACCAGGUGCUGACAGGGACGAUCAGCCCAGAUGCCCUCCUUCAGAUGGGUGAUGUUCACAGGUACCUUCAGGGCUCAGGCACUGUGGGUGGUGUGCUGCUAAAGCCCUCCAACCAGCGAAUCAGUCUCUACCAGGCCAUGAAGCAGAAGCUGCUGGCACCUAGUACAGCUUUGGCCUUGCUGGAGGCCCAGGCAGCCACUGGAGCUAUCACUGACCCCUGCAGUAUGGAGACCCUGUCAGUAGAUGAGGCCGUGUGCCGGGGAGUCGUGGGAGCAGAAGUAUAUGGCAAGUUGAAGCGAGCAGAACAUUCUAUCACUGGCUACAGAGACCCCUUUUCUGGAAAAAAGGUGUCCCUGUUCAGGGCCAUGAAGAAGGGCCUCGUCCCCGUGGAGCAGGCGACCCGCCUACUAGAGGCCCAGGUGUCCACAGGAGGGGUCGUUGAUCCCACAACCCACCUCCACCUCCCCAUGCCUGUGGCAGUCCAGCGUGGCUGCAUUGAUCGAGAGAUGGAGGCGGCCUUGUCCAGAUCUCCUGAGACCUUUCCCACACCCGAUGGCCGGGGGCACACCAGCUAUGCCCAGCUUCUGGAACAGUGUCUCCAGGACAAAGCCUCUGGGCUUCACCUCCUGCCCCUGACAGAAGAUGCCCCCAACAUCCCCACUGACACACAGAUCCAGGAGACCCUGCAAGCAUCAGCUGGCACUGAAGACGGUUUGUCGCUCUGGGACUUGCUCACCUCUUGCCACUUUACCGAGGAACAGCGCAACGGCUACCUUGAGGAUGUGAAGGUUGGGAAGAUUUCUGUGCCGCAGCUACAGAACACUGUGCGCAGCUGGGUGCGCUCAGCGAAGCUCCUGGCCCGGGCCCGCAUCACUGUGCCAGGCCCACGGGGUGAGGUCCCUGCCACUUGGCUACGAGAUGCCGGUAUUAUCACCCAAGAGACACUGGAAGCACUGGCACAGGGCAUGCAGUCGCCCGAUGAGGUAGCCAAACAGCCUGCAGUGAAGGCCUGCCUCUGGGGUACGGGCUGUGUGGCCGGGGUGCUGCUCCAGCCCUCGGGGACCAAGUUGAGCAUUUCCCAGGCUGUAAGAGAUGGCCUCCUGCCCACAGGUCUGGGCCAGCAGCUGCUGGAGGCCCAGGUGGCAUCUGGCUUCCUCGUCAAUCCGCUAACCAACCAGAGAUUGUCAGUGGAGGGUGCAGUGAAGGCUGGCCUGGUGGGCAUGGAGCAGAGUGAACAUCUGAGGCAGGUUGAAAAGGCUGUGACAGGGUACUCAGACCCCUUUUCAGGAGGUUCCCUUUCUCUGUGGCAGGCUAUGGAGAAGGGGCUUGUAACCCAAAGUGAAGCCUUUCCUCUCCUGCAAGUCCAGCUGGCCACAGGGGGAGUUGUGGACCCCAUCCAUGGAGUGCACCUGCCCCAGGAAGUGGCCUACAAGCUUGGUCUCCUGGACGAGCAGACAAGCCGAGUGCUGACCGCCACUGGGAAGGAAAACAAGCUCUUUUUUGACCCCAACUCCCGUGAGAAGGUGACAUACCAGCAGCUCAGGGAACUCUGUGUGCUGGAUGCCGACACUGGCCUGUGGCUGCUGCCCCUGCCCCAGGACACUGUGCUUGAAGUGGAUGACCAUACUGCGGUGGCACUGAGGGCUAUGAAGGUGCCCAUCAACAUGGGGAGGUUCCAAGGGCACAGCGUGUCACUCUGGGACCUGCUACACUCUGAGUAUGUUGGGGCUGAGAAGCGGAGGGAGCUGGUGGCACUUUGUUGUUCCGGGAGGGCUGCCGCUCUGCGACAGGUCAUCGGUAUGCUCACCACCCUGGUGGAAGCUGCAGAGAAGCAGCCCUCGCAGGCCACCUUCAAAGGGCUCCGGAAGCAGGUUUCAGCUGGGGACUUGUUUAGGUCCCAGCUGAUCACCAAGCAGACACUGGAUGAGCUCAAUCAGGGGAAGAGGACAGUCCAGGAAGUGACAGAGAUGGAUAGUGUGAGGAGGUCCCUGGAAGGAGGCAACUUCAUUGCUGGGGUCCUUAUUCAGGAUACAAAAGAGAAGAUGAGUAUCCCAGAGGCCUUGAGAAGGCACAUUCUGAGGCCAGGCACAGCCCUGGUACUGCUGGAGGCACAGGCAGCCACCGGUUUCAUCAUUGACCCCGUGGAGAACCGGAAGCUAACUGUAGAGCAAGCGUUCCAGGCAGGGAUGUUUGGCAAGGAAACCUACAUGAAGCUGUUAUCAGCCGAGCGGGCUGUCACUGGCUAUACAGACCCUUACACGGGAGAACAGAUCUCUCUCUUUCAGGCCAUGCAGAGGGACCUUAUUGUCAGGGACCACGGCAUCCGCCUGCUGGAGGCCCAGAUCGCCACGGGUGGCAUCAUUGACCCUGUGCACAGCCACCGUGUGCCUGUGGACGUGGCCUACCAACGUGGCUACUUCAAUGAGGAGAUGAACCGCAUCUUGGCUGACCCAAGCGAUGACACCAAGGGCUUCUUUGACCCCAACACCCACGAGAACCUCACUUACCUGCAGCUGCUGGAGCGCUGUGUGGAGGACCCUGAGACUGGCCUGUAUAUGUUGGAAAUUGUAAAGAAAGGAGAAACCUACACGUACAUUGAUGAGGCCACAAGGCAAGCUCUGACAUCCAGAACUGUGAAAAUGUACAUAGGGAAGUUUGCAGGCCAGACGGUGUCUGUGUGGGACCUGUUAUCUUCCCAGUAUUUUACAGAAGGAAGGAGGAGAAAGCUUUUGCGGGAGUACAGAGCCCAGAAUAUAGGCCUGGAGAAUCUGCUGGAGGAGAUUACCUCGACCGUGGAAGAAACGGAGAAGCAAAGUCAAAUAUUCAAGGUGCCGGGUAUCCAUGGCGACGUGACAGCUGCAGAACUGUUCAACUCCGGGAUCCUUGACAAGAAGACCCUGGAUUCGCUCCACAGUGGGGAGAGGGGGUGCCAGGACCUCCGCCAGCUGGGGGAUGUAAAUAUCUACCUGGAGGGCAGCAAUUACAUCGCUGGAGUGAUAGCACCCCUAACCCAGAAGGUCAUGAGCUUCUACGAGGCCAGCAAGGAAGAGCUCAUCCCUGCAGGGUUUGCAGCACAGAUGCUGGAGGCACAGGCCGCCACUGGGUACAUAAUGGACCCUUACACCAACCAGAGGCUGUGUGUGGAUGAGGCCAUAGCAGCUGGGCUGGUGGGUGAAGACCUGAGAGAGAGACUUGUGAAUGCAGAGAUGGCAGCAAAGGGCUACGAAGACCCAGCCACAGGGGAGACUAUCCCACUGUACCAGGCCAUGGAGAGAAAGUUAGUGGGAAGGGAGGAGGCGCUGAGGUUGCUGGAGGUGCAGGUGGCCACGGGUGGGGUCAUUGACCCUCGGCACUGCCAUCGGGUCCCUCUGGAUACAGCCUGCCGGCGGGGCUGUCUGUGUGACGACAGCCUUGUUCUCGUUGCUGACCAAAAGCACAUGAGGAAAAGGUUUGUGGAUCCCAACACACAAGAAAAGGUCACAUACCAGGAGCUGCAGGACCGGUGCCAGCGGGAGGAGAAGUCAGGCUGGGCUCUGUUCCCAGUGGUCAAGGACAAAAAGGACAUAGAAUAUGUUGAUGAGGCCACCAAAAGGGCCCUGGAGGCAGAACAGGUGGAAGUGACCGUGGGGAGGUACAGAGGCCAGAGGCGAUCCGUGUGGGAACUGCUGAACUCAGAGUAUGUGUCCGAAGAGAAGAAGAUGGAGCUAGUUAGGCUAUACAAAGAGAACACAACCCGGGCACUGCAGAAGGUGGUAGAGCUCAUUCUACAAAUGAUUGCAGACAAGGAAAGAAGAAGCAGGCAACUAUGGUUCCGAGGAUUACGAACUCAGGUCACGGCUGAGGAACUGCUAAGGUCAGAGGUCAUCACAAAAGAGACUCUGGAAGACCUGGAAGAAGGCAGAGCCACAGUAGAUCAGAUUGAACGGAAGGAAGACGUGAGGAGAUACCUCAAAGGAAACAGCUGCAUAGCGGGGGUCCUGGUGCCAGUUCAAGGAGAUCCUGGGCGUCAGGAGAAGAUGAGCAUCUAUCAGGCCAUGUGGAAGGGAGUCCUGAGGCCAGGCACAGCCCUGGUGCUGCUGGAGGCUCAGGCAGCCACAGGCUUCAUCAUCGACCCAGUGAACAACCGGAGACUGUCUGUGGAGGAGGCCGUGGCUGCAGGCGUGGUGGGUGGCGAGAUCCAAGAGAAGCUGCUGUCUGCUGAGCGUGCGGUCACUGGGUACACGGACCCCUACACUGGGGACCAGAUCUCCCUCUUCCAGGCCAUGCAGAGGGACCUCAUUGUGAGAGACCAUGGCAUCCGUCUGCUGGAAGCCCAGAUUGCCACGGGUGGUGUCAUCGAUCCUGUGCACAGCCACCGUGUGCCCGUGGACGUGGCCUACCAGCGUGGCUACUUUGAUGAAGAGAUGAACAGCAUUUUGGCAGACCCUGGUGACGACACCAAGGGCUUCUUUGACCCCAACACUCAUGAGAACCUCACUUACCUACAGCUGCUGCGCCGCUGUGUGCGCGACCCAGAGACUGGCUUCUACAUGCUGCAGCUGGCUGGGAAGGGCUCCAGUGUGCACCACCUGAGCGAGGAACUGAGANGGGCCCUUCGCGAAGCCCGUGUGACCCCAGGCACAGGNGACUUCCAGGGCCAGAGCAUCUCUGUCUGGGAGCUUCUCUUCUACCGAGAGGUGCCCGAGAGUCUGCGCCAGGACCUGCUGCGUCGCUACCAGGCAGGUGGGCUGACNGUUCACGACGUGACCACCACACUCACCUCACUGCUGGCCCGAGCCAAGGAUGGGAGCCCACGGGAGGAUCCGCAAGGAGCCCUGGGCAAGGCCACCAUGGAAGUAAAACGGGGUCAUCUCCAGGGCCACGAGGUCCCAGUGUGGGACAUUCUGACAUCCAACUAUGUGAGCAGGGACACCCGGAAGGAGCUGCUGGCCCAGUUCAGCUCUGGGUCACUGACUCUGCCCAUGCUGAAGAGGAGACUGACCACCAUUAUUGANGAGGCUGAGGAGACACAGGAGUCCAAGCCAGAGCCGAGAGACGCCUCACUCAAGCAACAGGACACUGGGGCCAGAAGCUCAGGGACCUCCCCAGACAAGGGAGAUGCUCAGGACAGCUCCGAGAGUGCCAGGCAGCAACAGGAGCAGACUCUGCGUGCCACCACCAUGCAGGUGCACCGUGGGCAGUUCCGGGACCAGCAAGUUUCUGUGUGGAAAGUCCUGUUCUCCUCCUACCUGAGUGAGACCCGCCGGGAGGAGCUCCUUGCCCAGCACUUGGCUGGCAAGCUGGGGGUAAAGGAACUCAUUUCUCUCCUCGUCCAAAUCAUCGAGGAGACAGAAGAACGGCUCAGCAAGGUGUCUUUCCCUGGCCUGAGGCGACAGGUGUCCGCAUCUGAGUUGUGUACCUCUGGUAUCCUGGACCGGGACACCAUGCGAGAAUUGGCACAGGGCACCAAGACCAUUCAUGAGGUGACAGAGAUGGACUCCGUCAAGCGCUACCUGGGGGGCUCCAGCUGCAUAGCAGGCGUCCUGGUGCCCAUCCAGGGAGAGCCUGGGCGUCAGGAGAAGAUGAGCAUCUAUCAGGCCAUGUGGAAGGGAGUCCUGAGGCCAGGCACAGCCCUGGUGCUGCUGGAGGCUCAGGCAGCCACAGGCUUCAUCAUCGACCCAGUGNANAACCGNAGNCUGUCUGUGGAGGAGGCNGUGGCUGCAGGCGUGGUGGGUGGCGAGAUCCAAGAGAAGCUGCUGUCUGCUGAGCGUGCGGUCACUGGGUACACGGACCCCUACACUGGGGACCAGAUCUCCCUCUUCCAGGCCAUGCAGAGGGACCUCAUUGUGAGAGACCAUGGCAUCCGUCUGCUGGAAGCCCAGAUUGCCACGGGUGGUGUCAUCGAUCCUGUGCACAGCCACCGUGUGCCCGUGGACGUGGCCUACCAGCGUGGCUACUUUGAUGAAGAGAUGAACAGCAUUUUGGCAGACCCUGGUGACGACACCAAGGGCUUCUUUGACCCCAACACUCAUGAGAACCUCACUUACCUACAGCUGCUGCGCCGCUGUGUGCGCGACCCAGAGACUGGCUUCUACAUGCUGCAGCUGGCUGGGAAGGGCUCCAGUGUGCACCACCUGAGCGAGGAACUGAGANGGGCCCUUCGCGAAGCCCGUGUGACCCCAGGCACAGGNGACUUCCAGGGCCAGAGCAUCUCUGUCUGGGAGCUUCUCUUCUACCGAGAGGUGCCCGAGAGUCUGCGCCAGGACCUGCUGCGUCGCUACCAGGCAGGUGGGCUGACNGUUCACGACGUGACCACCACACUCACCUCACUGCUGGCCCGAGCCAAGGAUGGGAGCCCACGGGAGGAUCCGCAAGGAGCCCUGGGCAAGGCCACCAUGGAAGUAAAACGGGGUCAUCUCCAGGGCCACGAGGUCCCAGUGUGGGACAUUCUGACAUCCAACUAUGUGAGCAGGGACACCCGGAAGGAGCUGCUGGCCCAGUUCAGCUCUGGGUCACUGACUCUGCCCAUGCUGAAGAGGAGACUGACCACCAUUAUUGANGAGGCUGAGGAGACACAGGAGUCCAAGCCAGAGCCGAGAGACGCCUCACUCAAGCAACAGGACACUGGGGCCAGAAGCUCAGGGACCUCCCCAGACAAGGGAGAUGCUCAGGACAGCUCCGAGAGUGCCAGGCAGCAACAGGAGCAGACUCUGCGUGCCACCACCAUGCAGGUGCACCGUGGGCAGUUCCGGGACCAGCAAGUUUCUGUGUGGAAAGUCCUGUUCUCCUCCUACCUGAGUGAGACCCGCCGGGAGGAGCUCCUUGCCCAGCACUUGGCUGGCAAGCUGGGGGUAAAGGAACUCAUUUCUCUCCUCGUCCAAAUCAUCGAGGAGACAGAAGAACGGCUCAGCAAGGUGUCUUUCCCUGGCCUGAGGCGACAGGUGUCCGCAUCUGAGUUGUGUACCUCUGGUAUCCUGGACCGGGACACCAUGCGAGAAUUGGCACAGGGCACCAAGACCAUUCAUGAGGUGACAGAGAUGGACUCCGUCAAGCGCUACCUGGGGGGCUCCAGCUGCAUAGCAGGCGUCCUGGUGCCCAUCCAGGGAGAGCCUGGGCGUCAGGAGAAGAUGAGCAUCUAUCAGGCCAUGUGGAAGGGAGUCCUGAGGCCAGGCACAGCCCUGGUGCUGCUGGAGGCUCAGGCAGCCACAGGCUUCAUCAUCGACCCAGUGNANAACCGNAGNCUGUCUGUGGAGGAGGCNGUGGCUGCAGGCGUGGUGGGUGGCGAGAUCCAAGAGAAGCUGCUGUCUGCUGAGCGUGCGGUCACUGGGUACACGGACCCCUACACUGGGGACCAGAUCUCCCUCUUCCAGGCCAUGAAGAAAGACCUCAUUGUUAAGAACCAUGGCAUCCGUCUGCUGGAAGCCCAGAUUGCCACGGGUGGUGUCAUCGAUCCUGUGCACAGCCACCGUUUGCCAGUGGACGUGGCCUACCAGCGUGGCUACUUUGAUGAAGAGAUGAACAGCAUUUUGGCAGACCCUGGUGACGACACCAAGGGCUUCUUUGAUCCCAACACUCAUGAGAACCUCACUUACUUACAGCUGCUGCAGAGAGCUACAGUUGACUCGGAGACAGGAUUACUGUUUCUCUCUCUCUCUAAGGGCUGAUUUUCUUUGUGUGAUGUUCUGAGACUUUAUGGAAAGUACCUCUGCUUUCUCAUCAACCCUGACUCGGAUCCUUAUAUUCCCUGUUCUCCUUUCAGCUCUUGUUAAUCAGGGCAGGUUAUGGUCUUUUCCCUUUCCCUGCCUGCUUCUGAUUGGUAAUUUUGCGUGCUGUUCCUGUUCUCCCUGCUUUUCUUCUUGUUUUUUUUUUUCCUCCUCUAAAAUUUUCUUAUGUUGAUUCUUAUGACUGUUUUCUGUUGUUUCAACAUGAGGUCAGAGGGAGCUUUUUGCUUUUGUUUUUUUGUUUUUGUUGGGGUUUUUUGUUUGUUUGUUUGUUUGUUUCUGAGACAGGGUUUCUCUGAUACAGCUUUGGUUGUCCUGGUACUCACUCUGUUGAACAGUCUGAUGUCAUUCUCAGAGAUUCACCUGCCUCCUCCUCUGGAGGACUGGGAUUAAGGGCAUGUGCCACCAUUGCCCAGCCAAGGAAAUGCUCUUUGAAUCGAGCACAGCAAUCCUUCACCUUGAAGUGUGCACCAGUCUCAGAGUGGAUGUCAAUCUUUUCUAUUGGUUUCCCAAGCACUGGGAUUGCAAGUGUAAAGCACCAUGUUUGGCCAAGAUCUUCAAACAUUUUCAAUUCAUGGCCACUUUGUACAUGGUGUGUCUUGAUUUGCCAUCUGUGUUUAGUAAUGAUGUCGCUCAUCUUUUCUCCAUGUACCUCUGAGACAUCCCACAGGUCGGUGUAUUACAACUCAGUGUAUUAAUGUCUUUUGAUAAUAAAUGAAUUUUCCGGUCUUGUGGGGACUCA